AUGCCAUCUUCUUCGAAGAGAAUCCCAACAACUGUUAUAAGUACGGCGCCUUCAAAAGAAAAUGAGUCAAGAAGUCCUCUUCUUAAUUAUUUAAAUGAUAAUCGUUCAAACGCUUCACUUUUGAACCCAAUGAAGGCACCCCCAGCUUGUGAAACACCUUUAAACUGCUUUGAUAUUCCAAGUUCUGUGCGUUCCCAUAGAAGAUCAAGAAAUUACGCCAACGAGAUGCAGGCUCAAAAAUUGGCCUCACAGGAUGAUCUCUCAAAGCAGGAGCAAAGAAAGGUGUCACAAAGAGACUCAUUUGAUUUAAUGUCCUCACAAAUUUAUAAAAGAAAGUGUUCACUUACUACUGAUAUACCGCCCACUAAGCCUGGAUAUGGAUAUAGUGGGGAUGAAAGUGCCAUUGAACCAUCAUCCUCAGAUAAUAUUUUAGGGCCGGAAAUAAGGAAUCCUGAAGCUUCAUCGGAUGAGGGACCAUUAUUAGAGAAUUUGUCAUCCAUCAGACUAUCAAAGCAUGAUGAUACGGAUACCGGAGAUGAGUCCUCGGUUUCUGGAUCUUACUGGAAUAAUAUUGCUGGUCAGAAGGGAGGGAAGCGCAAGUCCCAUCACUACGAAUUAAAAGAGCAUGCUAAUCAGCUUAGAAACAGGAUAAAUGCUUUAAAUCAAGAAUAUACGUUCGAAUCACCUAAGAAAACGGAAAAUAUUGAUAGUGAAAUUGAAGGCUCUGCAGACGAGAAUUCGGCUCCGGUAAUAAAGGAUAAAAGGGUGGAAUCAACUCCAAGUCGCAGAAGGCCUUCAUUCAAUUUUAAUGAAUAUCGCAGCAGCAUGCUUCGGAAAAGUCUUAGCUCUGGAGAUGCAUUCAAAAACAAGAAGCAGUAA